AUGGUUCCAAACUGCAACCCCCAGGCCAGUCCAGAACCCAUCCCGACAGGCCAGUCCAGAACCCCCUAUCCCGACAAGCCAGUCCAGAACCCAUCCCGACAGGCCAGUCCAGAACCCCCUAUCCCGACAAGCCAGUCCAGUACCCCCUAUCCCGACAAGCCAGUCCAGAACCCCCUAUCCCGACAAGCCAGUCCAGAACCCCCUAUCCCGACAAGCCAGUCCAGAACCCCCUAUCCCGACAAGCCAGUCCAGAACCCCCUAUCCCGACAAGCCAGUCCAGAACCCCCUAUCCCGACAAGCCAGUCCAGAACCCCCUAUCCCGACAGGACAGUCCAGAACCCCCUAUCCCGACAGUCCAGAACCCCUUAUCCCGACAAGCCAGUCCAGAAAGCCCUAUCCCGACAAGCCAGUCCAGAAAGCCCUAUCCCGACAAGCCAGUCCAGAACCCCCUAUCCCGACAGGACAGUCCAGAACCCCCUAUCCCGACACGACAGUCCAGAACCCCCUAUCCCGACAGUCCAGAACCCCCUAUCACGACAGUCCAGAACCCCCUAUCCCGACAGGACAGAACCCCCUAUCCCGACAGGACAGAACCCCCUAUCCCGACAGGACAGGACAGAACCCCCUAUCCCGACAGGACAGGACAGAACCCCCUAUCCCGACAGGACAGGACAGAACCCCCUAUCCCGACAGGACAGGACAGAACCCCCUAUCCCGACAGGACAGAACAGAACCCCCUAUCCCGACAGGACAGGACAGAACCCCCUAUCCCGACAGGACAGGACAGAACCCCCUAUCCCGACAGGACAGUCCAGAACCCCCUAUCCCGACAGGACAGUCCAGACUACAACACACCCGAGGAGAGGGAUAGAAAGAGACGAAGACAACAAAGAGGAAAAGGAAGAAAGUGGAUAA